AACCGACGCCACCAUGAGCUCCCUCACUGAGGCCAAUACCAGGUUUUGUGUGGACCUUUUCAACGUCUUGGCCAAGGAAAAUCCUAAAAAGAAUGUCUUUUGCUCCCCAAUGAGUAUCUCAGCGGCUUUGGCCAUGGUGUAUUUGGGUGCCAGAGGUGACUCUGCUAAACAGAUGGAAAGGGCUCUUUGUUUCGAUAAGAUCACUGGAUCUGGGAGCAGUUCCCCAGCUAAAGGAACUCAGUGUGAUACACCUGGAGGACUGCACUCCCAGUUCAAGGAGCUCUUGGCUGCCGUCAACCAGCACAACAAAAGCUACGCGCUGAGCAUUGCCAACAGGCUAUAUGGAGCAGAGGAGUAUGCAUUCCGUCAGCAAUAUUUACGUUGCACAGAGGAGCUGUAUAGUGCUCAGCUGGAAAGAGUUGACUUUCUGCACGCUGCAGAGUCAGUAAGAAAGAAGAUUAAUUCCUGGGUCGAGAGUCAAACCAAUGGUAAAAUCAAGAAUCUUUUUCCUCCUGACUCAAUUGAUGAAUCAACCGCUUUGGUCCUGGUGAAUGCCUUAUAUUUUAAAGGAAAGUGGAAAAAAGAAUUUGCAAAAAAUGAUACAAAGGAAGCACCUUUUUGGAUAAGCCAGAAUCAGAGCAAAAAUGUGCAGAUGAUGAGUCAGAAAGAUGUUUAUAAUUGGAAUGAAAUACAAAACCCCCCAAUUGACGUGCUUGAACUUCCCUAUGACCAGUGUGAUCUAAGUAUGCUCAUUUUGCUACCACUUGGCAAAGGAGGUCUGAACCAGCUUCAGGAAGAGCUCACCUAUGCAAAAUUUAAAGAAUGGACCUGUCCAUCAAACAUGAGGAAGCAAGAGCUGGAUGUUUAUCUACCAAAGUGGAAGCUCGAAGAAGAAUAUGGACUCUCUGCCACUUUACAAGCUUUAGGAAUGAAGGAUGUUUUUACUAGAGGAAAGGCCGAUUUAACUGGCAUGUCUGAAAGUCGGGAUCUUUUUGUUAGUGCUGUAGUUCAUAAAGCUUACAUAGAAGUAAAUGAGGAAGGUACAGAGGCUGCAGCGGCUACGGGUGUAGUGGCAAGCCCUACCAGUGCAAGACAAGUGUUUAUAGCUAAUCGGCCAUUCCUUUUUUGCAUAAGGCACAAUAAAACCCAGAGCAUACUCUUUGUGGGGACAGUUCGCAACCCUUAA